GAGCAGCUCAAAUUUUCCCACUAGGUAUGCCCAAACACCACCUCUUUCCUAUUCGCAGAUAGUAACAUUUCCUGAAUCAAAUCGCUCCAUCUUCCUUGCCGCACAUUCGAGAUGUAAGAGAGGGGAAUCGUUGCAUCAGUUUCUACCUGGAAAUGAGAGUAUCCGGCAUCCAUCGCCCACCGGGUAGCAACGACCAAAGCAAGAAGCUCCGCUUCAAGACUCGAGGAGGCAUCGACGGGAAAAGAGAUUGCCGCUUCAAGCUCUCCUUGCUGGUUCCUUAAUAUAGCUCCACCUCCCGAUCUCCCAUGAAGCUUAGGGAAACUCGCAACCCAAGAUUGGGUGAAGAAUUUAAUAUGCAGAAUGAUUUUCUCUGGGGUGGAAGGAAACUAGGGAUAUUUUCCACAAACUAUGCCAGUGUAUAUUUUCCACACGUGCCAACUGAUAAUUCCAGGUAAAUUAUGCCUGAAAAUGUCUACCAAUUGUGUGUUCCCAGCCUUCAACCACCAAAUGAUAAAAACUUGUCUAAUUGUGCAAGCAUAAUUGAUUCUAGGUAUACCCAGAAUAUCCAUGAAAUAAGCCCAAAUAGGCCUCACCAUUUCACAAUUAAAGAAUAAAUGGUCCAUAUAAUGGACACCUAGAAGGAUUAAUGAUUUUGUUAAACCUUUGAAGUUUAUGUGUGAUAGCCUGAUAGGCAGAAUCCCGUGAAGACUCUUCCAUUGAAACACCUUAAUUUUCAUAGGCUGCUUACUGUGCCAAGCAUGUCUUAAAGAGAAUGUACUUGUCUGUUCCUCUCUGACCACAUGGUAUGCAGAUUUAAAUGAAAAAAUUCCAUCGGUCUCAGGCAUCCAUAUAGUUUAAAUAUAAUUAGUAAAAUAUAUUUUAAAUAUAAUUUUUUCAUAAAUCAGCAGAAUCAGUCAAUGCAGCCACUUCAACCAGAACUUCAUAAAUUUCAGCAAAAUCAGCCGAUUCAGUCGAUUUCGAUAACACCGAGUAUCUAAAUUUUGUAGAAUUAAUUAACACCGCUGAAUUCAUAGGUACGUAGUGCCCUGCAGAAUGUAUGAACUCAUCCCCACUCGAUUAUUCACUUUUCCAUAUAGUUGAUGAGACAUGUUUGACAAUUAAGCAUGGCGAUUUUAUUUAGAUUAUGAGGAUGACUACUAUAUUGUGUCAACUUAUUAUUAUUGUUAUAUGUAAAAGAUUUUUACUUUUUUGAUAAUGGAAUUUAUUGGAAAAUUAUAAGUUAGUGAUAUGUUGUUGAAUGUACAAGUAACUGAAUUUAUUUCAUGUAAUUUUAAUGAAUGACAAAAUAUUUUAAUGAUAUUACGAAAUCGUGAAAAAAUAAUAUUUACAUAUAGGGAGAGAUAUUUAAGUGGGGUUUGUAUGUGCAUCGGUUGUUAUUAAAACAUUGUCAUUAUUUGAUAAUUGAUACGUAAUGAUGCUAACAAAGAGUAUUAAAAUUAACGACGGUGGAAUAUCUUGUCGUUUUUAUACGACAAUGAAAAAUUAUGUUGUCGUUAAAAUAUAACGACGAGUGAAUAUCUCGUCGUUAAUAAGUAACGAUGACAUCUUAUGUCGUCGUUAAUUAUUAACGACGAACAUUGUCGCUAAAACCAAUAACGACGGAACCUGUAAUGACCACUUGACGACGAAGAAAAAGUCGUCAUUAAAAACUUUACACUACAAAAAAACUCGCUCUUUGUUACGGAUUUUGUCACGGACGGUAGUUCAAAAAAUCCUUGACAAAUGAUUUUUUGUCACGGAAAAAAUCCGUGACACCAGGGGCGUGAUAAUGUUUUUGUCACGGAAAUUAAUCCGUGAGACCGUUUGUCACGGAUUUAUCACGGCCACCGUCUGUGACAAAACAAUUCACCGGAACUCCAUCGCCUUUUAUUUGUCACGGCCACAUCCGUGAAUAUUUUUUUUAUUUUUCAAAAAAAAAAUAAUUAUUUGUCACAGAAAUAUCCGUGACAAAUUAAAAAAAAAGGUUUUCGAAAUAGAAUGGGCGGGUAUUUGAAAUGAUCUGAAAAAUUCAAAUUUUUAAUUUUGUCACGGACAUAUCCGUGAAAAAAGAUUUUGAAAAAUUUUGAAAAAUUUCGAAACAGGUGGGCGGGGUACUUUAAAAAUUUCAAAAAAAUAUUCAAAAUUUUGAACUUGUCACGGAUCUCAUCCGUGACAAAACAUUUUUUUUAAAAAAACAUACGUUAUUUUCAGCGUUUUGGGUAUUUAAAAUAAACUGAAUUUAUAUUUUGUCACAGAACAGUCCGUGACAAAAGUUUUAAUUUUUAAUUUUUUUUUAAAAUUCAGCGCAUUAAUUUUUUGAAUGUUUAUUUCAAAAGUUAAUUUAAUAAAUAAUAACCAUUAAAAUUUAGGCGCUUUUAAAAAAAUUUAAACUUAAUAAACAUUGUUUUUAAAAAAUAGUUAAACAAUCAUCAUUAAUCUUAAUAAAUAAUUGUUUAUAAUAAAUAAUUAAACAAUCAUCAUUAAUCAUCAUUAAUCACCAUUAAACAUUAUUUAUCAUAAUAAAUAAUAAACCAAUCUAACCAUCAUUAUAUAACACAAAUAAUUAAUAUUCAUACAUAACCAUCAAAAUUUAAAAAUACUUAAAAUGUCAAUAAACUAGUUAUUACAAACCAUCAAUGGUCAUUAUCAUCAUCAUCAUCAUUAGGUUCCUCACGAUGAUCAGGUUGCCUUCUGUGGCCACGGCUGCUGCCACGAUGACUGCCUCGACUGCCACCACGAUUGCCAACCUGGUUGCUGCCACGGUAUGCUUGAGCUCCGGGAGCCGAUAAAGGGGUAUCAUCAUAAUAUCCAUAUGGAAAAUUGUUGGAGAUAUGACUAUAAUUAGCAAAACCCCUACUGCCCAUACUGCCCAUAUUGCCCAUAUUGCUCGCGAAGGGAAUUUGUGGAGUUAUCUCGGGGUGCUGUAUGUGCAUGGAUGGACGGUAGGUGGCGUUGAACAUACGCCUUUGUCGUUCCAUCUCUUCCAACCUUUCUCUCGUUCUUCUUGCCUCUUCAUCCCGUAUCCGAGCUUCUUCAUCCCGCCUUCGAGCCUCUGCUUCACGUUUCUCCAAUAGUUUCUCGAGGCGGGUAACCCGAUCAUCAUACGCCGAAUGAGAAGAUGAGCUAGCUCCUUUGGACUUCUCCAGGAUCCGUAAGCCUUUAGAACUCAUAAGUGGCACCCGGCUCUUGUAAACUCCGGUUGCCGCCAAGAUGGCCUCAUAUUCUUGAUUUUCAUCAAGUUCGGCAUCAGAAUCACCUAGCUCAUCAAUUCUCUUCCCCCGCUCUUCCUCAUAUUUUUUCUACAAGUUCAAAAAUUUAUUAUAUAAGAGAUCAAAAAAAUUCAAAAUUUAUUGAAUUAUUGAAGUUUCAUUAUUUACUUCAAUUUCAGAAAGGCGGGGAGGCGGCAUGGCACCCUUCUUCUUCCAACAAUGUGCCAUGAGUUUCAAUGGCGUGACCCGUUUUUUCACGGGUCCAGAUCCUUCCUACACGGAUUUCAAAGUUAAUAAAAAAAUAUACACAUAAGGGAAUGGAAUGGAAAUAAUUUUAACUAAUUAGAGUUUACCAGAUAUUUUUUAUGUUGAAUUUGGGGUUUACGGCCCCCGUGCCAUUGAACUUCCUUGGCUUUUUCCGAGUUCCAGUUUGCCUUGGCUGUUUCGCUUCUCAGCAAAAAUGCAGGAUUCGUAGCCCAAUGGCGGCAAAGCAUCUCCCACACAUCAUCGCCAAGGAAUCUUGGCUUUCGACCGGUAGACCGGGCGGUCCUAAAAGUAGGUCUCAACCACCCAGAAAUCCUAGAAUUGUAUUCUUUGAGAAUAGCUUGGUCCACGGCAAAAUGCCACCGAUGGGAAGCCUUCAUUAAAAACAUUGAUAUAUCAUUUGUUAAAUUUAAGUUAUUAAAAUGUAACAAAAAAAAAUUAUUUUUACCUUGAACAACUGCCAUCAUAGUUCACGACUGGCCGCCGGAACCUCACCAUAAGUCGACCAAGACCCCGUGAAAUGACCACUAACAAUAGCCUUGAUUCUAUUCAAGACCUCGGGAUCGCUUAAAAAAAUUGAUAAUUAAUAAAAACAAUUGUAUUAAUUCUUAGAUGUAGAGAUUAUAGUAUUUUAUAUUAGACAAUGUUAGUUUUUUAUUACCUAUGGAUUGAUUGAGGUGUCACCUCAAGCGAACCGGGAUUGUGGCGCUCUUCUUGAGUGGGGGGGCGCAUAUUUUGCACGAGAUGGAGGAGGUGAAUGAGAGGUUGAAGUCUCCUCCCUAUGCACGCUGAUAUGAGCGUCUGAUUGUUCAGAGGGAGGAGUUUGGACAUGUUCGUCAUGAGCAUGUUCUUCGUCGGCAUUGAUAUCAUCAUUGAUAUCACGAUCAGCGUUUGAGGCCCGUCGUGAAUUCUGGCGCCCACGACGAGCAAUGGUGGAAAGGCGGCGUUCGUGCUCACUCAUCUAAAAUUAUUGAGAAACAAUAUAUAGAACAUAUUAAACUUGUGUUUAAUAUGAGAGGUCGAAUGAGUUUUUAGUUUGAUUUUUAUGUUAUUGAAUUUAAUUAUGUUACGUAUUAUUUUAUCAAACCUUAUAAAAUCAGUUUAUGGAGUUUUUGUGUGGUAUAAUGGUUUAAACUUAAUCAGUUUCCUAUUUAUUUAUCGAACUUUGAAAUAUAGAACAUAUUAAACUUGAGUUUAAUAUGAAAGGUAGAAUGAGUUUUUUGUAUGAUUUUUAUGUUAUUGAAUUUAAUUGUGUUAGGUAUUUAUCAAACUUUGAAAUUUAGAACAUAUUAAACUUGAGUUUAAUAUGAGGGGUAGAAUGAGUUUUUUGUAUGAUUUUUAUGUUAUUGAAUUUAAUUGUGUUAGGUAUUAUUUUAUCAAACCUUCUAAAAUUAUUUUAUGGUGUUUUUGUGUGGUAUAAAACUUUGAAAUAUAGAACAUAUUAAACUUGAGUUUAAUAUGAGGGGUCGAAUCACUUUUUUGUAUGAUUUAUAUGUUAUGGAGGUAACUUGUGUUAUGUAUAUUUUUUAUCAAACCUUAUAAAAUCAAUUAAUCAAACUUUUUAUAUUAAACUAAUAAAAUCAGUUUUUUCAUAUUAAAUUAUAAUUUAUAAAAAAUAGUUUAUUGCAUUAAUUUAGAAAAAUACAGUUUAUUACACCUUGUAUUUUGUAUUAAUUUAUAAAAAAUAGUUUUCUGAAGAGGAUGUAUGCUUCAAAUGCUACUGCGAAACACAUGACGUGGCAUGUUGAGCACGAAACCAAAGAGGGUUUGAUGUCUCACCCUUCCGACUGUGAAGCUUGGAGACAUUUUGACCGUUGUCAUCCUCAGUUUGCAAUGGAGCCACGGAAUGUGCGACUGCGAUUGUGUUCAGACGGAUUUGCUGCUUUUGGAAAGUUUGGGAAGAAAUUUUCAUGUUGGCCAGUCAUGCUAACUCCUUAUAAUCUUCCUCCCGACAUGUACAUGAAAAGUCAUUUCAUCUUUUUAACUUUAAUUUGUCCAGAUCCCUCAGAUCCUAAAAAAAGGAUAGACAUCUAUCUCCAACCCCUGAUCGAGGAGAUGAAAGAACUUUGAGCCAUUGGGACAUCAACUUAUGAUGUUUCAAGAGAUCAAAUGUUUAUCAUGAAAGCUGCCAUCAUUUGGACCAUUAGCGACUUCCCUGCUUAUGGUAUGCUUUCAGGAUGGAGCACACACGGUCUUAUGGGAUGUCCGAUAUGUAUGGAGAAAUCAGAUGCCAAUUGGCUCAAAUUUAGCGGGAAACCAAGUUACUUUGAUUGUCACCGCAAGUUUCUGCCUAUGAACCAUCGAUAUCGAAAGGACAAGAAGUCUUUUAUUGCCGGAAGAGUGGUACGAGACCCCCCUCCUCCAAGACUUACAGGUGAACAAGUUUUUAACCGGGUUCGACGUUUUCCUACGGCCGUGCAGCAACCCCACGGGGAGCCAAAUGGGUAUUGUGAUACCCAUAAGUGGACAAGGAGGAGUAUAUUUUGGGAGUUGCCGUAUUGGAAGGACCUUCUCAUUCGUAACAAUUUAGAUGUCAUGCACGUUGAGAAGAACGUUUUUGACAAUAUAUUUAACACGAUUAUGGAUUUUACUCACAAAACCAAAGAUGGUCUUGCAUCUAGAAAAGACAUGACAAUUUGGUGCGACAGACCCGAACUCGCCGUCGAUCUAGAAUACGUGGGUAAAAAAAUUCCAAGAACAGUCUACCAACUCACAGCCCCACAAAGGGAAUCAAUAUCAGAGUGGCUUGUUUCUCUGAACUUUCCAGAUGUCUAUUGUUCUAACUUGUCAAGAUGCGUGGACCUGGACAAACAAACAAUGACGUCGAGCAUGAAACCUCAUGAUGCUCAUGUAAUCAUGCAACGACUUCUGCCGAUUGCACUGAAAGAGAUGCUUCCUGCAGACGUCUUGGGCUGUAUUACCGAAAUCAGUCAGUUGUUUCAGUCGAUAUGUUCCGCCGUUUUGGAUGCCGAAUCCCUGAGGAGACUAAAAGACACUGUUCCUAUUCUGAUGUGUAAUCUGGAAAAGAUACUGCCCCCAUCAUUUUUUGAUGUAAUGGAACAUCUUCUAAUACAUCUUCCGUAUGAGGCUUUGAAUGGAGGGCCCGUCUUCUAAUGUUGGAUGUACAUAUUUGAAAGAUUUCUGGGAGAUUUGAAAAAGAAAGCGACCAACAAGGCACACAUUGAGGCUUCAAUUUUUCAAGCAUAUAUUCAACAAGAAACUUCAACGUUUUCAUCUUUUUAUUUUGAGCGUGAAGUCAUCAGUAAAAGAAAGAGACCUGCUUGGAACGAUGACAUUGGCGAGGAUUCAUAUGAUAAAGUAGUUUCUAUUUUCAACUACCCUGGUAGAGGUAAAGGAGCUGCGACUUACCGUUACAUCGUGGGCGGAGAAAUGAAAAUUGCACAUACUUACAUCCUCAUGAAUUGUCCAGAAAUCUUACCAUUUUAUAAUGAAUUUAGAGCGUCUUUAUCAGCAUUUCCUGAUGAUGCAAUUGAUGCAAUGGUGGACUCUGACUUUGCAUUAUGAUCAAGUACCGUGGGAUUAACGACCCUCUGUUAGUAUCAUUAUCGUGGGGCCCUUCUUCCUAUGCAAAGGUUUGACAUUCAUAUGUGAUAAACGGUUAUACGUAUCACACAGUCGAAUAUGGAGAAGGUCGACCAACAAUGAACAGCGGGUUAUGUGUCCCGACCAUCGGUUCUGAUAACUCGGAAACCAAUUUUUUUUUGGUUUCUUGCAUGAGAUUCUCGAACUUCAAAUGCCUUCUGGUUUGCAAGAAUUAACAUGCGUGUUGUUUCGCUGCACGUGGGUCGACCCUACACGUGGUGUGAGAAAAAAUUCAUAGUAUAAUAUAAUUGACGUCAACCACUCUCGUGUGUAUCAGAAAAAUGAGCCAUUUAUACUCGCUCAACAAACAGCCUAGGUUUAUUAAGCAGAGUAUCCUUCAACGAGUCGCACCCGGAAUCCUUGGGUGUGUGCCAUUAAUAUCUGUCCGAGCAAAAUUGUAACACAGGCUCAACACAAGGAUAUUGACUUUGAUGCUUUUCAGCAAGAUUUUUUCCAACCUCCGCCUAUUGCUGACACGGUCAACCAUAACAUUCAGUUAAGUGACCCAAAUGACGGAGAUGUUGAAGUUAUGCCUGAAACACACCUUCCGCCCUCUAUACCUCAAAAUGAGCGCGAAAUUGAAGAAUUAUAUAUACAACAACUGCACGAUGACCAGGAGGAAGAAGAAGAAUGGAUAUAUGAUGAUGAAGAUACAGAAGAAGAAGUUGGCUAUCAAGAAAAUACUGAUUCUGAUAGCGAUUAAAUGUAUAGUUAACAACCAACGUAAUUACUUUUAAUUGAACUAUUUUAAUUUGAAUUUUUAACUUUCUUUCGUCAUUAUUAUAUUAUUUCAAGAUAUAAUAGUUAGGUAUGUAAUUCGCAACUAUAAUUUCUAAACAAAA